ACUUGUGUUUUUAAUUUUAGCUCUUCUUCGGAGAGAGAGAGAGAGAGAGGGAGAAGUUGGGGUUUGGCGGGCUUAAGGUUUAUUUCAUUUUUUGUUGAAAGGUUUUUGGCAACUCUUGUCUAGAGAGUUGAGGUUUGUUUGAUCUUUAAUCAGAUCGAAAAUCAAAAUCAUGGUUAAUGAUAUAGAAAGUAGAGAGUACUCGCUUUUGAAGGAUUUUAGAGUGGAAAUUGAGGAGGAAGAAGAAGGGACUACUUUCUCUCUUUGCUUUUGGGUUUACCUCAUCAGCUCCUCCACUUCAUUACCUGCUACAAUCAUUCAACAGGUGCACUCAGAUAGUGUUGGUAGUGCUCCUUUUCUUGUUCUAGAUGAAAAAAAGAGAAUGAUGCUUCUGCCAUUGCUUCUCUUGCACAAAGAAGCUCCUGAUCCUGAAAAUUCCACUUCCUGGCUUGAAGCUCCACAUGCAUCCAUGGAAAUUGAGUUUCCUUAUGAAAAGUGGAUUCAUGUUGGAUGUGAGGUUUCUACUGAUUUUGUUCGGCUCAAUAUUGAUGGAGAGAUUGUGGGGGAGAAGUCACUGUCUUCCUUGAUUAACAAAGAUUCGCCCACAAGUAGUUUUGGGAAGUUAGCCUUGGCUAAUAUUGGUGGACACUGUGACAGUCUGCAGGGUUAUGUCCACAAUGUUGAAGUCUUACCUCCAGCUUUAUCUAUUAAGGACCACUGGGGAAAGGAUGUGCCUCUAAAAUUAUCUAUCGAUAAUUCAUCUGCCUCUGAAAUUGAAGUAGGUGAUGAUGGUGUUUGGAGUAUUGUUGGUGGCAAGGCAUCGUGUCGCCGGAACUUUUCUCUGGAUGUUGUUUUAUUGAAUGCCUCAGGCCAGCCUGUAAAUAAGGAUGUUGAGGUUGUUGCUUCACUUUUAUAUGCUGAUAAUGGGGCACUUGUGGAGAACACAACCGAUGCAGAAGCUCCUCUUUUGGCUAGCUAUGACGGAAUUGAAUAUGCUUCUUGUGAAAGACCAAGUAAAAUGUUGCAGGGACGUGCAUCCUUCAAGCUCAAGAUAUCUCAGCUUUCAUCCAAGUGUGAUAAUAGACUUUUCCGUAUCAGAUUUCACAUGUUGAAAAGUGGAAGUUAUCCUUUCUUUGAGGCAUUCUCACCUCCAAUUCGUUGUAUAUCACGGGGCCGUAAUGCUCGAGGGUCCUCUCUGAUGUGGAAAAGAUCAACUUCUACCUUCCAUCCUGUUAAUAUAUCUCAGUCAUCUAGAGUGGAUGAAGGGUCCUUAGAACUUGAGCACAGCUCCAUAUAUGAAGCAAGACCCUAUUCAUCAUCAAAGCGGGUUAGGUCUGGACAUUAUAAACUAUCUACAACCUUUGAGACUGAUCCUAACUUGAAGAGACCUGAUGAGGAAUGCAACUCUCAUCCCUGGACAGUUAAUCAGGUUGAGAAUGAGUUCGGGAGGAGUUUGGAGGGGAGACCUGAAAACCUUGAAGAAGCAGAUGACUCGCUUUCUGAUUCUGAGAGUACUGAAGAAAGAAAUUCACCUUUUAAGAGUAUUUCAAGUGGAAAAAGCCCAAUAUCAGACGUUACCAUUUUCAAAUACUCUCUCUCAGCCUUAACUGAGAGGUCUUUUAUGCUCAAGGAGAUUGCUAUGUCUGCUUCUGACAAUGAGCUUUCAGAAUUCGCUCAUCAGGUGUCUCUGUAUUCGGGAUGUUCACACCACAGGCACCAAAUUAGCAUUGCAAAGAGAUUGAUAGAGGAAGGAACAAAAGCUUGGAGUUUGAUUUCACAAAACAACCACUACAUUCGUUGGGAGAAUGCGGUUUUUGAAAUUGAAGAAUACUUUAUGAAGAUUGCUCAUUGCAGUUCUAGAUCUCUCACACAACAGGACUUUGAGCUUCUGCGGAGUAUCGCUGGUUGCCAAGAAUAUCUGGCCCAAGAGAACUUUGAGAAGAUGUGGUGUUGGUUAUACCCGGUAGCUUUCACGCUAUCUAGAGACUGGAUUAAUGCAUUAUGGAGUUCUACUUCACCUAAAUGGAUAGAAGGAUUCAUAACAAAAGAAGAAGCAGAAUCUUCACUUCAAGGUCCGAGGGGCCUUCAAGAGCCCGGGACGUUUAUACUCCGGUUUCCUACUUCAAGGAGCUGGCCUCACCCUGAUGCUGGCAACUUAAUUGUGACUUAUGUUGGCAGUGAUUACACUCUUCACCACAGGCUUAUUUCCCUUGAUCAAAUUUAUGGUUCCAGUUCCAGUGAAAUGAAUGUAAAACCACUGCAAGAUAUGCUAAUGGUAGAGCCUGAGCUGUCUCGGUUGGGAAGGAUAAUAAGAAGUCAUUAAUUGAAUCCUUCAGUCUGCAUUUGGUUUAGGGUGAGCUUUCCUUCUUCUUCUUCCGUUUUGUAUAUAUGUAUUGAGCAUGGAGAGAUGUCUCGAAUGUAAUAACCUUAGAUCAAUUUCUUUUUUUCAAAAAAAGAAAAGAAAAGAAAAAAAGUGGGCAUCAUACAUUGAUUCAUAUAUUAACCGCUUUCCGUACUUUUUUUGA